AUGGACGGUGGUGGUAGGGUUAAUAGUGCUGGUGGUCAGAUAGGUCACCUCGGGAAGUAUAUGAAGACGUGUUACGAUCACCCGAGCGCGAAGACGGAAGACGUCCUUGGAGAUAGAGAGGGCUGGAGCCGUUUUCGAGCCUGUUUAAUGCAAAACAAGGAAGGCUCCAAUGAACUGACGGAAUACACGCUUGCCCUUGGCUGUCGGCCUGAAACGUCCCAACAGGAAUUAAAGAAAUAUUGGAACGGCAAGGGACCAGAUGAUGAGCGCACAAAAGUCGAGACCGCGAACGAAAAAAGAGAUGCGACAAAUGAGAGAAAGGGAGAUGGUGACGGAGGAAGGGAUGAGAGAGAAGAAGCCAAAACAGAAUUCAGUCGAGGGGAAAGCAGAGGUGGUGGGAUAGAGAAGAAGGUGAUAGAAAGAUUUAUGGUGGAAGAUGACCCUGGACGGCCUCCGUGA